UCCAUCCUCUCUCACAUUACACCUUCAACGCAAACCUUACUCCACACCACUCACUUCUUAGCCUCCCCUCCACCACCAAGCCACCCCUCAACUGUAGCCGCCAGUCGCCUCCCCUCCUCCCUCCGUUUCACCGCCACCGCCGCACUAGUA